AUGGAAACUGAGCUACCCCAGGUGACAGAAGAGGAAGCUGCCGUCAACAGUAAGCCUAAUCAUGCUCCUCAAACUGAGCAAGGCAUUGUGGCUUUGCCACCGGAGGAACAUACUGCUCACGAAAUGGGAGGGGUGUUUCCUGUCCUCGAAGAUCCCCCUCCUUCCGGCGCUGAAGAAAAACCUCCCGGAGGUGACUCAUCUGUGGCACCCGUUGGCACUGCAGAAAUCAAGCGAGUCCGUGUGAACCGACAAGAGUCCAGGGAGUCUCGCGCGGCACCGACGUUCGUCGACGGAGGACCGUCAUGGCCUUUGCUUGGAUGCGCCGUAGGUCUCGUUGGCGGUAGUCUGAUGCUGCUGUUGGCCCUUAUCUACUCGCUGACGACUUCCAUUCCAUUGCUACCGACGACUCAAAUUUCACCAGUGACAUCUACGGCGCCGGGCAUCAUCUACUGCUCUUCGCAGUUUUGCGACCGGGAAGGCGAUUAUGUGAAGGCCUUGGUGAGCGCCAGUGGCAAAAGCGCUUGCGAGAAUUUUUACGAGUACGUUUGCGGAGCCUGGCCUCUGGCGCACCCGCUGUACAGUUCCACUGGCACCGGCGCCGCUGUUUCCAGUGACACCAUUAUCCAGGACAGGCUCGAUGAGGAGCUGACGUCAUUACUCGCAUUCAGCAACGCGAAGGAGGUCGGUAUUGCGGCUGGCGUAUACGAGGCGUGCGUAGAUCGCGACAAGGCCGACGAGGCGGCCAAUGACGUCAAGGCACUCUUCAAGACGUGGACGGUACGCCAAUGGCCUCGCGACGUCAAUGGAACGAUGAAAGACGUUUGGAACUUCGCCGGCGAGCUCUUUCGAGACCUGGGUCUGAGCUCCAUUCUGGAUGCGGUUUUAGCCGCUGCUUCCCAAUACUCUGACAACGCGAUCGUUGAGCUGCGAAAGCCGACUCACAUAUUCUUUUGUAGCGGCGCCUCGCGACCGCCCGUGAUAGCGCUGUUUCGGGCCGCAUUGCGCGACUUAGCCUCGGAGUUUACGCAAGCCCCCAAGGCCGACAUUCUCGAAGAAACUACAAACGCUUUCAUACGGCUGGGAUCAAGUUCCGCGCGUCCCAGUGUAGUCGACCUCGGGGGAACGAAAUUCUCUGAACCCUCGGCCGCCGCUGUGAAACUGUCCGAGCUGGACGCAGAUGUGAUACAUUUCUUAACCACGGCUUUCGACGGGGUCGCCAGGUUCGAACCCACCACCUCGGUCAUACUGAGGCCACCGAGAUACCUCCGUGACUACUUGGCCUCGUUAACGCGGGAGUUGACGCCCCGCGCAAUCUUUAACUACAUGGGCUUCUUGGCCUUGGUUCACCUGUCGGCGUUCUUGCCAGAACGGCACGUGCAUCUAAGGCAGCUGUUUGCCAAGAGCAUGCGCGGUCGUACGGUUCCCGAUGUGUCUAAUUCGUCGGCAUUGUGCGCAAUGGCCGUGGAAUACAUUCUGCCGGCGUGCUUCGACAAGCUGUCGUCAGACUUCUUCAGGGACGCCGAAUACGGUGCGCGCGUGCCAGAGAAGUUGUCGCAACUGGAGGACGUGUUCGCGCGCAACGUGGGCCACCUUGUAUGGAUCAGCGACGAGCAGGUCCUCGUGAACCGUUACCGAAUCAAGCGCCGGCGAGCCUCGCAAUUGGGUCCCGUGGCUAGCACGGGCGGCAACGACUCCUGCGCGCCUUCGCUGGUGUCCUGGCGCACGGACAGUCCCGUGGAGUUCUAUCGAGCCGUAUCCCGGGCGCAGCAGCAUGCCAGGUGGAGGCACGCCGUUGCCGGUGGCACCGCCAGCAGCGACGCCCCCAUGCGGCCGUCUUCGGUGCGCGCCAGGUACGACCGGUCGCUGGGCCGCGUGCUGGUGCCGCCGGCCCUGUUCAACACUUCCGUGCCGGGCAACAGCACGGGCUUCUCGCUGCAGCUGGCGCGCUACGCGGUGCGCUUCUACCGCGCCCUGCUGGAAGCCCUGUUCCCGGACGAGCGGGGGGGCCACUUCCACCCAGACGAGGCGUCCCGGCGCAGGCUCGAGGUGCUGUUGCAGUGCUUCGAGUGGGACUUGCGCGAGCUUCCCGCCGCCCUCCGAGGUCCCGUGGCCCCUGACCCCGCGACGUCGCGCGGAGCGGUCCUGCAGCAAACGGCGGCGCUGCAGUUGGCCUUUCGAGCCUUUCAAGAGCUGUGGCAGGUCCGACGAGCGUGGAACGUGGACUUCCGUUACCAGCGGCUGCCCGGGCUCUCUGCCGAGGCAUUGUUCUUCGUGUACUACGCUCUCGACAACUGCGAGAACAGCGACCUCGUCUACAAGGAACACCAGGGCCAUUGGCUGCCCGCGGAGUACCGCGUGAAUCUACCGCUGCGCCACCUCGUGGAGUUUGCGCCGCUCUUCAAUUGCUCAGCCGACACAAACAUGGGCCGCAUGAGCCUGGGACGCACAUGCGCUGUUGUUACACCCGACACGUGGAUGAUUCGCGCGCCGGCCAAUGGUUAAAUGCUCUGUCGGGAUCGCUAGUGCAUUUCUUUCGUAUUUAUUUUCAGACAACCGCCUCUCUUGGUGCAUUGAAAGGCUUUCGCAUGACUGUGUGGGCGCUGUCAUUCUUUCAUGAUGAACCAUGGAUUACAAGCUUACUUGUUUACACACAGGCGCCAAAAGAUCGCGGUGCUGACAGAGGAGGUGUACCUUUUCACACUUUUCGCUAAUGUGGUGACUUGUGCUGGAUUUGUGGAUCAUUACGAUUUGUGCGUAACUCACAAAAAUGUAUAGACUAUCUUAGGAUGCUUCGAGUUAAUAGCUUUGCUGGGGGUCGCAGGCGGGAUUUCCAAGCCACUAUGCCACGCUGCGAAGUUUAUCCACUAAAGCUGGGGGCAAAACGGUGGUAAAGCUUCUGGGCAUACGAUUUUUGUGUACGGUGCUAAGGGGUUUCGCGUCAUUUCUGUUUCGAUGUGAAUUUUGACUUACGCGCAUGUUCCUAUGUGGCGUAGUUAUAUUUGAGGAGUUAGUCUUAACAUUUCCACAUGAACAUGCUGAAAUAAAUAGUUAAUUGGAUAUACACAA